AUGGAUCUUUAUACUAACUGGACAGAAUUUACAUCACCUUGGGAUUUAUUAAUUGAUUGUAUAUUAUUAAAUGAAGGAUAUUCAAAUGCUAGUAAUACAGUAUGUAUAGUAUCUACAGUAUUUGGUGUAUUAAUGGGUUAUAUCUUUCCAUUUAUUGGUUUAUUUAAUAUUAUAAGUAAUUGUAUGAUUAUUAUUAUAUUUUUUAAUUCAAUGAUUAAUUAUAAUAAACAAUUUAUAUUAUUAGGUAUAUUAUCUAUAACAGAUAUUGGAAUUAUUCUAUUUGUUGGUUGGUUACGAUUAUUUCCAACAUUUGGUUUACCAUAUAUGACAUCUGGAACAAUUUAUUAUUUUAUAUUAACAAGAUCUUCUUUAAGUUGUAAAUUAUUUACAUUUUUUCAAGGAUUUUUUUGUACUUUAAGAGGGAAUCUAUUUAUAUUAUUAGCAAUUGAUCGUUUCAUAUUAAUCUAUAAACCAUUAAUUUAUAAUAAAUUAUCUAAUCAAUAUAAUUGGUUAUUAAUAUUGAUUAUUAUUAUAAUAACAAUCAUUAUAGUAUUACCAUUAACAAUAUUAGCUGAUAUUAUAGAAAUACGUCAAUUAACUGUAUGUUGGUUUUUAGAUAAUACUAAUUAUUUAUUAAUUCAUCAAGCAUUAUUAUCAAAUACAUGUCCAAUACAAUUAACCUUAGUAACAUUAGUUGAUUUAUUUUUUUUAAUUAAAGUAAUUAAAUGGACACGUAAUUUACAACGAGUAGGUCAUUCAACACCAACAUCAACAUCGACAACAACAACUAAUAAAGUCAAUAUCUCAUUGAUUGUUACUAUGCUUAUAUUACAAAUUGUAGCCUUUUUAUUUUCAUUACCUAAUAGUAUUGUUUAUUUAAUAUCAUUAACUAUUGAUUUUCAAUUAAUUAGUUCAGAUAUUGUACGUUUAUUAGUAAUUACUAGUAAUAUGUCAUGGAAUUUAAUAUUUUUUCAAUCAUCAUUUAAUAUAUUUAUUUAUUAUUAUCGUAUACGUAAAUUUAAUCAAUUAUUAAAACAAUGGAUUAUAUAUUGUCAAUGUAAUCGUCAUAAAUCAAUUCAACAAAAUAGUUCAGUAAUGAAUCGUUAA